CAGCACUUAAAGCUAACUCCCAACAACGUUCUCCCAAUUUCAUGGGACAUCGAGGCUCUGAGAGGAUUUUCCAACUUUUGAAGGAGUCAAAGGAGAAGUGGUUAAGUACCUACCCAAUCAAUAAUCGGGUCGGAGUAGGCUUUCGGAGCCGAAUUGCGCACAUGUUGUGUAACUUGAUAUAACUCCGAAAUCAAAGGGAAAUUUCCCUUGGAUAGCAAGGGAAGUCUUAUCUCUGGAACAAGGGAAGCCACAUGGGAUUACAGAGUAAGUGAUUAUGUGGGGUUGCGUCGAUCGUGUUACCCAGCUGGGAGAUUCAUAAACUCGAUUUAUUUUUGUGCAUAAAACUAUCGUCGAAUUCCCUAAUACCCGGGUAUCUCAUUUGGUCUCAGCCCUGCCUUGUCCAGCGAUCCAUAACUACGAAAGAUGGCCUAUUAUACCUCUCGUACUGGAGCUGAGUCCCUCACGACGGUUGACGUAUCUCCUUUUAUUACUAAAGCGGAGUACUCCGACUCGGAUCGCCUCAAGGCAGCGAAGGCUCUCGUUGAAGGGCUCCAUAGGUUGGGAUUCGUCAAAGUUAAAGGCCAUGGAAUCGGGAAGGGUGAAGUGCAAGAUGCUCUCGCUUGGACCAGGAAGCUCUUUGAUCUGCCGUAUGCAGAUAAGAUGAAGGCUCCCCACCCUCCAGAAGCCAUGCCGCAUCGCGGUUACUCGGGAAUUGGCAAGGAAAAGGUGUACUCCCAGGAGGAUGUGAAGGCGCAAGGUGAUAACGCCGAUGUUGCCGAGCAGUUACGCAAAGUGUCUGACUUUAAAGAAAGUUAUGAGAUCGGGAGUGAGGAAGACCCGGUACAGCAGAAUAUCUGGAUACCGGAUCCUGUACUUUCAAACUUCCGAACCUACAUGACAGCCUUAUACCAAAGGCUAUUCGGCAUUAGCGAGAUCCUGCUCGAGGUCAUUAGCCUGGGCCUAGGCUUGGUUGGCAAUGAGCAUGCCACACUUAUUGACUUGGCUGAUGAUCGACAUUGCCAAUUGCGUCUCCUGCACUACCCUGCCGUCAGCAAAGAUAGAUUGCAGAAGGAUUUAAUAGCUCGUCUGCCACCUCAUAGGGAUUGGGGGACAUUUACGCUACUUUUCCAAGAUGGUGGCGGAGGGCUAGAGCUCAAGGAUCCACAGUCAGAAGACUACAUCCACGCGGAACCUGAAGAGGGAACUUUUGUCUUGAAUAUUGGCGAUAUGCUCCAACGCUUUACUAAUGAUUACUUCGUUUCUUCCCUACAUCGAGUAUCGGUCCCUGGGGCGGAUACGGCACCGGAGUCGGGGCUGCCGGCUCGCUACUCGAUUCCCUUCUUUGUAUGCCCUGAUUUCUCUCACAAGAUAGCGACGCUACCGCGGUUCAUUACUACUGAGAGCCCGGCGAAGUACGAUCCAGUCCGGUUUGAUGAAUACGGAGCAGUUGUUAGUAAGUAUCAAUAUCAAGAGGAGGAAUCAUAGGCGAGAGUUAUAUGACGCAAGGUCGAAGUUUAAG